AUGAAUGGGGCUGUGGAAGCCUCCAACAAAAACAUCAAGAAGAUCCUCAGAAAGAUGAUCGAUAACUACAAAGACUGGCAUGAACAACUGCCUUAUGCAUUAUUGGGAUAUCGCACCACUGCCAGAACUUUAACUAGGGCCACUCCAUACCUAUUGGUGUAUGGCACUGAAGUAGUAAUACCAACCGAAGUAGAAAUCCCUGCACUUCGAAAAAUACAAGAAUCUGAGUUGGACGAUGCAGAAUGGAUCCACAAAAGGUAUGAACAACUAGCUUUGAUAGAUGAAAAGCGAAUGAUUGCUGUUUGCCAUGGUCAAUUGUACCAACAAAGAAUGGUGCGAGCUUUCAACAAGCAUGUGAGAACUAGGGUUUUUCAAAUUGGGCAAUUGGUGCUCAAACGAAUAUUCCCAAACCAAGAGGAAUACAAGGGAAAGUUUGCACCAAACUGGCAAGGGCCCUAUAUGGUGCAAAAUGUACUAUCAGGAGGAGCAAUAUUACUUGCUGAAAUGGAUGGUCAGGAGUGGCCAAGAGCAACAAAUUUAGAUGCCAUCAAGUGA